GCAUGGUAUCGUUAACUUGUGCUGGUAAAGGCCCAGCCUUUGCCUUUCUAGUUUCAGCUUGUUUUCUUUCGUUGUUUAACGAUGUCAACGGUUACGAGCCUAACUGGAAGUCGAUAGAUUCAAGGCCUCUGCCUGGUUGGUACGAUGAUGUCAAAUUGGGUAUCUUCGUCCACUGGGGAGUUUUUUCAGUCCCCAGUUUCUCUUCGGAGUGGUUCUGGUAUAACUGGAAAGUCAGAGAAUAUCCGCCAAUUAUUGAAUUCAUGGAGAAGAAUUACAAGCUAGACUUUACGUACGCAGACUUUGGCAAGGAAUUUACUGCUGAGUUUUUUGACGAGAAGAAAUGGGCAGAUCUGUUCGGGAAAUCUGGUGCAAAGUAUGUGGUCUUCGUAAGCAAGCAUCAUGAAGGAUACACAAACUGGCCGUCCAAAUAUUCCUUCAGCUGGAACUCGAUGGCCGUUGGGCCUAACAGAGACAUUGUCGGUGAGCUCAUGAACGCUACACGAAGCCGGACUGACCUGAGGUUUGGCCUGUAUCACUCAAUGUAUGAGUGGUUCCACCCUUUGUAUCUGAAGGAUAAGGAAUCUGGAUAUAAGACGCAAGAUUUUGUCAAUCUAAAAACAUUGCCCGAAUUGUAUGAGAUUGUGGAGACCUACAAGCCUGAGGUGGUGUGGUCUGAUGGGGACUGGGAAGCUCCGGAUGUGUACUGGAAAUCUCAGGAGUUCCUGGCUUGGCUCUACACCAAUAGUUCGGUGAAGGACACGGUUGUUGUGAACGACCGGUGGGGAACGAACGUGAGCUGUCAUCACGGAGGCUUCUACACGUGCGGGGACCGCUUCAACCCAGGUGUCCUUCAGACACAUAAAUGGGAAAAUGCAAUGACCAUCGACAAAUACUCAUGGGGCUACCGACGUGAUGCUGCGCUGGACAGUUAUUUGAGCAUUGAGGAAUUGCUGCAGACAUUCAUCAUUACUAUCAGCUGCGGAGGCAACAUGCUGAUGAAUGUGGGACCUCCCAAACAUGGCCAAAUUGCUCCGAUAUAUGAGGAACGACUAACUCAGAUGGGGUCCUGGCUCGAAGUUAACGGCGAGGGUGUCUAUGCUUCCAGGCCUUGGACUUACCAGAAUGAGACCGUGACCAAAGGUGUAUGGUACACAAAGAAAACCGAGGCCAGUGGCACGUCCGUGUACGCCUUUGUCUUCUACUGGCCAGACACGGGGACUCUCAGCCUUGAUUUACCUCAAGUAUCUUCUGCUACCAAAGUAUCUCUUCUGGGGUAUCCGGCCUUGUUCAACUUCCAUGCUCGUAGUCCUAGAGGGCUGGACAUCUCCGUUCCUCCAAUCGCUGUGAGCAAAAUGCCUUGUCAGUGGAUGUGGGUCUUCAAGAUCACCGCUGUGGAAAACUAAAGUUUUUGUGGAAGUUUUGUUGGUGUUUGUUACUGUGUGUCUGUUGGUGUUUGAAAAGUCCUUUUUUUUAAAAAUGACUAAAAUCAGCAUAUGAAGAAUGCAUUGCAGGAGUUAUGGUGGAAGAUCAUAAUUAUCCCAUUUGUGAAAUUGUCAGUUGUAAUAACUCUUUGAAACGUGUCGCUCUAACUUGGCAACUUCCCUCGAAAGAUACGUCAUGGCCUUCCACCAUAACUCAUGCAAUAACAUUUUUUUUGCAUCCAUAUGUGCUGAAUCUGACCAUCAGCUGAGUAGGUACAAUAUUCAUGCAUCGAGGCGAGGCAAAACAGGCUCUGAGACGGUGGUUCUCGUCUUCGUCGUCAAAUACCAGAUAUAAACUGACGUUUAUGAUCAAGAUCGGACACUAACAUCAAGUCUUUCUUGAGCUAGUCUGAUAAAAACAAACCUAUUAUUUUAAUUUUGUACUUUGAUGCCUACAAAUUUAAAUAAAUUAUUGACGAACUAUGUUUCUGUAUUCUAAGUGCAUUAUGCUUUUCUGACCAGUUCGGUGUAUGCCUAGCCUCCUGGCCACAAAACACCCCAUAUAUUUCAUGCUUCUUUUCAAUGAUUUUCCCAGCUGUGUACGUAGAUUGUGUACUAACUGGUCAGGCUUUUUUUUUCUUUUUUUAGAUUGGGCAUUUUUGUUGCAAAAUUGUUUCAUAGCUGAGUAUUAUUCAGUCUGGCUUUGAACAGGCAGGAAAAAUUAGAAUAAAUCUUACUUGAAUA